GCCGCCGAACCUGAACAAAAAAAAAAAGGAAAAAACACUCUGAGGGUCCCUUGUUUAACUGUUUCUUCGCUCACAAAAACCCUAAAGAAGCCCCGAUCCACUCACUGUUUCAUAGAUAUGGCAAGGGCGGCUCUUCUCCAUUUGUUAAGACACCGCUCCGUCGCCCCCACCACCGCACCUCUCUCUGCCUAUAAAUGCCUGUCUAGGAAUAGUAAGACACCAUCAGGGAUUAAGUGGACCAGUUUUUGCAGAGCUUUCAGUUCAAAAGCUGCUGUAAAUGAUAUUAUUGGCAUCGAUAUGGCAAAUACAGAUUCAGGUGUUGCGGUCAUGGAAGGAAAGGGUUGAACUCUUUUUCUGAUUUUGGGAGAGUGUAACGAAAAGAGGAUAGUUUCUUUUAAAUGGCAUUCUUGCUAAAUGAGAGGUAGGUUUUUCCUAAGAUGAGAAAUUGAUGUUCUUAAAAUAGUUAAAUCUUCGGGCUUAUAUGGCUCCUAUGUUACAGAAUUGGGUUAUGGCAGAUAGAGGAAAAUUUUCCUGUGGUGGUCCUCAAGGCCCUCUCAUUUGUUAACGUGAAUUUCUUGUCUUUGGGAGAUUGCUCAAUAGCAAUAAUGGAAGUCUGGCAUGGUAUUCAAUCAUGGAACGACUAGACCCAUUUUCACUUGUUGCUGAUGAGCUAUCACUUAUUGCUAACAGACUUCGGUCAAUGGUAGUUGCUGACGUUUCUAAUCUUGCUUCAGCUGCUGAGUACUUCUUCAAAAUUGGGGCAGAAGGAAAGAGGUUUCGUCCCACGGUUUUACUGUUGAUGGCGACAGCUUUGAAUGUGCAUAUACCUGAACUACCUCCUGCUGGAGUUGGAGAUACUUUGCCAACCGACUUACGUACAAGUCAGCAGCGUAUAGCUGAGAUCACGGAGAUGAUCCAUGUGGCAAGCCUCCUUCAUGAUGAUGUCUUGGAUGAUGCGGACAAAAGACGGGGUAUUGGUUCGUUAAAUGCUGUAAUGGGCAAUAAGCUGGCUGUAUUAGCAGGAGAUUUCUUGCUUUCUCGAGCUUGUGUGUCCCUUGCUUCGUUAAAAAAUACAGAGGUUGUCACCUUAAUAGCAACAGUGGUAGAGAAUCUUGUUACAGGUGAAACCAUGCAACUUACAACUGCUUCUAAACAACGUUUUAGCAUGGAUUAUUACAUGCAGAAGACAUAUAAUAAGACUGCAUCCUUACUAUCAAACAGCUGCAAGUCAAUUGCCAUUCUUGCUGGGCAUACAGCAGAAGUUGCGAUGUUGGCCUUUGAGUAUGGCAAAAAUCUGGGAUUAGCAUUUCAAUUGAUAGAUGAUGUUCUUGAUUUCACGGGCACUUCAGCAUCUCUUGGAAAGGGUUCUUUAUCUGAUAUCCGACAUGGAAUCAUAACAGCUCCAAUCUUGUUUGCCAUGGAAGAAUUUCCUGAAUUGCAUGCAGUCCUUGACCAGGGAUUCAAAAACCCUGCAAAUGUUGACAUAGCCCUUGGAUUCCUUGGGAAGAGUAGUGGAAUACAAAGGACCAAGGAACUGGCCAUGAAGCAUGCUAACCUGGCUGCACAAGUGAUUGAAUCUCUACCAGAAAGUGAUGAUGCAGAUGUAAUAAGGUCACGGCAGGCACUCAUAGAUCUCACUCAAAGAGUAAUUACCAGAAAUAAGUGAAAGAAGACCAUCCAGUUACACCUAUACGUUCUAUGAUCAGGGAAGGAUUUACAAUAAUAAAUCCCAAAAACCCUUUUUGGUAGCAUUAUGUAGCUACCACAAGCUUAAGAAAAAUUUUAGUUUUUCCCCACUGGAAUUUAGUGGCAAUUUAUUUUUUAUUUAUUUUUUAAUCUUACCCUUGCAUUUUAGAAACUUGAUUUCUCAAGGUACUGCAUUAGUGACACAACAGCAUAUUUUCCUCCUCCCUCCCCAAGCAGGAUAAGCCAUUUAUUCUUGCCUUGACAGAUUUGUCCAUGGGUGACAAAGAAACUAGAUAUACGAAAACUGUAGUAGUAUUGCCAAGGUGGUUCUUGAAUAAUUGAAACCAUCUUUUGUUUAAACUUUUACAUAGAAAGUCAUUGAGAAUAAGAUUAUAUCUUUUAAUUUGGA